AUGGUGGACGUACGGUCCAAGAACCUCUAUGAGCUUCUUGGCAAUGACCCUGAACUCGACCCCAACAGACCCCCACCCCCCCCAGCCAAGGCCGUGGACCGCCCAGUUCCCCGUAUCGGCAAGCGUGAUACUCCCAAGGAGGCUCCCAGCCAGGCUCCCAACCAGGCUCCCCGUGAGAACAAUGGCCGCCGUGGUGGCCGUGUGACCGCCGGCAACGAGGCUGCUUUCCGUGACCGCAAUGCCGGCCGUUCCAACAACCGCUCCAAGCCCACCGAUGAGGCCGAGCAGCCCACUCGCCGUGGUGGCAACCGUGGUGGCCGUGGUGACCGCCAGUCCCGCACUGGUCAUGCUGUCGCCCAGCGUACCAUCAUAUCCGAAUCCGACCGUGCAAUUGUCGACACCCGCAAGCAGGUCCAGCAGGGCUGGGGUGCCGAGAGCGGCGAGAAGGCUUUCGAUGAUGAACGUGCCGCUGAGAAGAUCGCCAAGGACGAGGAGAACGAACCCCAGACUCCCGCCGCCGAGGAGGAAGAGGUCGACAAGUCCAAGUCGUUCAGCGAAUACCUCGCCGAGAAGGCCCAGCGCGAGAGCCUGGCCGCUAAGCCCAUCCGUGCCGCCAACGAGGGCUCCAAGGACGACAAGAAGUGGGCCGGAGCUACCGAGCUGAAGCAGUCCGAGGAGGACAGCUACAUCCAGCCCUCCUACGAGAAGACCAAGAGCCAGAAGCAGCGCAAGGAAAAGAACUACCUUGACGUCGACCUCCGCUACGUCGAGCCCCCUCGCUCCGGCCCCUCCAAUGGCGCUCGCGGCGGCCGUGGUGGCCGUGGCGGUGACCGUGCCCCCCGUGGCGACCGCGCCCCUCGUGGCGGUGACCGUGCUCCCCGCGGUGCUCCCCGUGGUGGUGCUGCUGGUGCUCCUCGUGGUGGCCGUGGUGGCGCCCGUAGUGCCCCCGUUGCCGGCCCCACUGUCGACGAGAAGAACUUCCCCAGCCUGGGCGGUAACUAA